GACUGCCAAGUUGUACAAAAUUGUCAUGAUACACACACGACGGCAAAUUAUUGCAAACGAGAAUUUUAAUCCAAUUUGAAUAGAAAGUUAAUAAUUGCAUUUAAAUUGUGGUGUUAUCUCUAUAAAUUAAAACGAUGAGUAAUAAAGCGGGAAGCAACAAGGAAGCGAACAUUCGCGCUUAUUAUAGUGAAGUGAAUAAAUUUAGCCAGAAUGAAGAGUAUGAUAAAGCUAUCAAAUCACUAAAUAAAAUUUUGAAUGUAGCUCCUGACGAUGCAACUGCGGCUCAUUGCAAGGUUGUUUGUUUAAUACAUACAUCAAAAUUUCAAGAAGCCGUACAAUUCAUUGACCGCUUCCAAUUGACUGAUUUGGUAUUUGAAAAAGCGUACUCCGAAUACCGUUUGAAUGUUCCCGAAAAAGCAUUGAAAACCAUCGAUUCGGCCAAUUUGCCCAGCCCUCUACCGCCGAAUAUCAAAGAGUUACGUGCUCAAGUUCUCUAUCGUUUGGAACGAUUUGAAGAAUGUUUUGAUGUCUAUCGGGAUAUCAUCAAAAAUACUGACGAUGACUACGAUAAUGAGCGUACAACGAAUUUAAGUGCAGUCGUGGCUAAUUUGGCAAUUGAAGGAACACCAAAGGAGGUGCCAAAUCUAAGUGACGACACUUUUGAAUUAUGUUAUAAUGAUGCCUGUGCAUUAUUGGGAAAACUUCAAUACUCGGAAGCCGAGAAGAAAUUGCGUGUCAGCGAGAAACUGUGCCGUGAAUCAGUCGAUGAAGAUGACGAUAUCGAAGAUGAAAUGGCCAUAAUUAAAGUUCAAUUGGCUUAUUGUUUGCAAAUGCAAGGCAAAAUCAAAGAAGCCACAGCCAUCUAUAGUGAUGUCUUGAAGCAUAAAUCAAGUGAUGUUGCCCUCACAGCCGUUGCUAGCAACAAUAUGGUGGCCAUUAAUAAAGAGCAAAAUGUCUUUGAUUCAAAGAAAAAAAUUCGCGCCGCACAAGCUGAUGCUUGUGAACAUAAGUUAACAACACGACAAAAGAAGACAAUCGCUUUAAAUAAUUGCCUAUUGACUUUGUAUACAAAUCAAGAUGAUCAAGUGCAUCAACUGGUCGCCAAAUUAAUUCAAACCUAUCCAGACGUUGAAUUCAAAGGUCUAUUGAUUCGCGUCACACAAUUGGCAAAAAGUAAAAAAUACAAAGAUGCCAUUGAAUUGUUGGAAAAAUAUGGUAAGGCAAAUCCAAACGAUGAAUUAGCCACCAAAUUUGCUAUCGUUCAAUUGUUAUUGACGAGCGGUAAUCGUAAAGGUGCCAUUGAACAAUUGGAAUCGUUGCCAAACAAGCAAAAGUACCAACCAGGUGUUGUGUCGGCAAUGGUUUCACUUCAUCUUGGUAUGGAUAAUAAAACGGCCGCAUCAAAUGUGCUCAAAGAGUGUGUUGAUUGGUAUAAGAAAUCAAAUAAGUCAACAUCGUCAUCUGGUGAUUUGACUGACAUGUGGCGGCAAGCGGCCAAUUUCCAUCUGCGUGGUGGUGAAGCCGAAACAGCUGCCAGCAGUUUGGAAGAAUUGCUUAAAUCAAAUCCAACCGAUGAAAAGGUGUUGGCACAAUUGGUAAUUGCCUAUGCAAAAUACGAUGCAAAGAAGGCACAAGAGGCAAGUAAACGACUACCAGCUUUGGACUCUCUAACAAACAAUGUUGAAAUUGAUGCACUCGAAGCAACCAAUUGGAUGAUGAGCACCAAAGCAGCUAAGAAAACUGGUACGGCAACAAGUCGUGGUGAUCAAUCGCCCAGCACACCUGGUUCUGAACCGCAGAAAAUUAAAAAACGUACACACCACAAGCGUAAACCGAAAUUACCUAAAAACUAUAAUCCGGACGUUAAACCCGAUCCAGAACGUUGGCUACCGAAAUAUGAACGCAGCAACUAUCGCCGCACAAAACGUGACCGUCGUAAUAAGGACGUUAUCAAAGGUUCUCAAGGCAUGAGCACCGGCGCUGCUGAUCAAUAUGACAUGAGCAAAACUGCGAAUUUGUCAAAGAACUCACCGGCAACACCAGCUGCACCUGAACCAUCAUCGGCACCGGGUCCACGUCAACAUCAACGCAAAAACCAACAGAAAAAGAAGAGAAACAACCGUUUUUAGAUAACGAAAUCUACGACAAGCCCAUUAUUUUCAACAAUUUGUUUACUUUUUUUGAUAAAUAAAGAUAAACCAAGAAAAAAUUAUAAUCAAUUAAAA